UUAGGCGGGGUCUGCCGGGAUCGGAUCUCCGCCGGGUUCGGAGCGCAGAAUUCUCGCUCGCCUCGGCAGCGCUGCUCAGCGCGGCCGGGCUCACCUCCGCAGGGCAUGACCGCGCUGCUCUCGCCGCGCGCCUGGGACUGCUAGCUUCUCCGGCGCUUCCUGCGCGCAGGGCCCCGCACCUGGUCCCGAAGCCUGGCUCGCGCUGUGCUCGCGGACCGCCGCCGUCAUGGGGCUGCAGCCCCUGGAGUUCAGCGACUGCUACCUCGAUAGCCCGUGGUUCCGGGAGAGAAUCCGUGCCCACGAAGCGGAGCUGGAGAGAACCAACAAGUUCAUCAAAGAGCUCAUCAAGGACGGCAAGAACCUCAUCGCGGCGACCAAAAGUCUCUCGGCAGCGCAGCGGAAGUUUGCUCAUUCACUCAGAGACUUCAGAUUUGAGUUUAUUGGCGAUGCAGAGACUGAUGAUGAGCGCUGCAUAGACGCUUCGUUACGUGAAUUUUCUAACUUUUUGAAGAAUCUGGAAGAACAGAGAGAAAUUAUGGCAUUAAGUGUCACCGAAACCCUGAUUAAACCCCUGGAAAAAUUCAGAAAAGAGCAACUUGGAGCCGUCAAGGAAGAAAAAAAGAAGUUUGACAAAGAGACAGAAAAGAACUAUAGCCUAAUUGAUAAACAUUUGAAUUUAUCAGCAAAAAAGAAAGACUCACAUUUACAAGAGGCAGAUAUCCAAGUGGAACAGACCCGGCAACACUUUUACGAACUGUCUCUUGAAUAUGUGUGUAAGCUUCAGGAAAUCCAAGAGAGGAAGAAGUUUGAGUUUGUGGAACCCAUGCUGUCAUUUUUUCAGGGAAUGUUUACUUUCUAUCAUCAAGGCCAUGAACUUGCCAAAGACUUCAAUCACUACAAAAUGGAACUACAGAUCAACAUUCAGAAUACACGGAAUCGUUUUGAAGGAACAAGGUCGGAAGUGGAAGAGCUUAUGAACAAGAUUAGACAGAAUCCCAAGGACCACAAACGAGCGAGUCAGUUCACAGCGGAAGGCUACCUGUAUGUACAGGAAAAAAGGCCUCCUCCGUUUGGUUCCAGCUGGGUCAAACACUACUGCAUGUAUCGGAAAGCGGCCAAGAAGUUCAACAUCAUUCCGUUCGAGCACAGAUCUGGGGGGAAACUAGGGGAUGGAGAGGUGUUCUUUUUGAAAGAAUGUACCAGAAGGCAUACUGACUCCAUCGACAGAAGGUUUUGUUUUGAUGUAGAAGCUGCUGACCGGCCUGGAGUUUCUCUGACCAUGCAGGCGUUUUCGGAAGAGGAAAGGAAGCAGUGGUUGGAAGCUCUGGGUGGAAAAGAAGCUCUGUUCCCUAGUUUUAAUAGAGCCAUCGUCCCAAGACCAGAAGGAAGUGCACAGUUGGAUAAGAUGGGAUUCACAAUUCUUAGAAAAUGCAUCAGUGCAGUUGAAACACGAGGUAUAAACGACCAAGGAUUGUACAGAGUUGUGGGGGUGAGUUCAAAGGUCCAGAGACUUCUGAGUAUGUUGAUGGAUGUGAAAACCUGCAAUGAGGUGGACCUGGAGAAUUCUAUAGAUUGGGAAGUGAAGACAAUAACGAGUGCCCUGAAACAGUAUUUGAGGAGUCUUCCAGAGCCGCUGAUGACCUAUGAAUUACACGGAGACUUCAUUGUUCCAGCCAAAAGCGGCAGCCCAGAAUCUCGUGUUAACGCUAUCCAUUUCUUGGUACACAAACUGCCGGAGAAAAAUAAAGAAAUGUUGGAUAUUUUGGUGAAACACUUAACAAAUGUUUCAAAUCACUCCAAGCAGAACCUCAUGACCGUGGCAAAUUUAGGAGUGGUGUUUGGACCAACUCUGAUGAGGCCACAGGAAGAAACUGUUGCUGCCAUCAUGGAUUUGAAGUUUCAGAAUAUUGUCGUGGAAAUUUUAAUUGAAAACCAUGAAAAGAUUUUUAGGACCCUGCCUGAUGCCACACUGCCUGAGCCAGUCACCUUGUCAGCAUCACCCCCAAAUGCUCCACCAAGGCAAUCGAAGAGACAGGGCCAGAGGACUAAGAGACCCGUGGCUGUAUAUAAUCUUUGUCUUGAACUGGAAGAUGGUGACCGUCCCAAUCUUCCUAAGGAGGACACUCCUCCCAGCAGCCUGGACUCAUUUUCCUCCCCAUCUCCCACGGCUGCCGCUGCCCAUGGGCCCCCUGGACCAGACAAAAACCACCUUCUUGCAGAUGGGGGUACCUUUGGGGACUGGGCAUCCACUGCCCCAGGCCAGGCCCGGUCAUCCACAGUCCAGUGGCUUAACCCUCAGUCACCAGCCACACCGAGCUGCAACCCAGCCGUUACACCUCCUUCACCCAAGCUGUCGUCUUUCCCCCCCUCUUUUCCUGCUACCGUAGCGGACAAGCCACCUGAAAGCGUCAUCAAUCGGAAGGCCCGGGCGGUGUACCCGUGUGAAGCAGAACACAGCUCGGAAUUGUCUUUUGAAAUAGGAGCGAUUUUUGAGGAUGUGCAAACCUCAAGAGAACCUGGCUGGCUGGAAGGGACUUUGAAUGGCAAGAGGGGCCUGAUUCCACAGAAUUACGUCAAGCUGCUGUAGCAACUGGCCCGUGAGGGUCCCACUGCAGACCCUGGCCCCCGAGGACCUGCCUGUGGGGUGUGAGCACCGUCUUCCCCCCAGGUGAACCCACGGCCACCUGGACAC